AUGGUGCUGGUUAUGAAUACCGACAAUACCAUCACGACUGCGACUGUUCCUCAUCAGAUAAAUAUACAAAACCAAAAAUAUUAUUUGUUUGCUACGACAAGUCACAUUCCUGGUCAUUUUAUUGGUAUGAAAAUGUGUCAUGAUCAUAAGCAAGAUACUGUUGUAGAUGAUUUGUUCAAAACAUCUGAAGGUGUUCAUAUUGUCUCAAGGGCAUUUUAUAAUCAAUCCAACGCAAGAUCACGACCAGUUAAUAGUUCACAACAAACGAACAUAAUUGAUUUAUUUGAUCCAAAUUUAGAAUUUUCACAAGAACAAGUAUUUGAAGAAUAUAUUGAUGAUUUUCUCAGUGAACAAGAUAGUCCACUUUCACAAAACAACGAUGACGAUUCAGAUUCUAUUUCCACCAAUGAUGAUAAUAUUGAUACAAUUUUAAUUGAUCAAGUUGAUUCUGAAUUGCAUUCAUUUACUCCUAUUUCAGUAAAAAGUGCUAUGCUCGAAUUUUUACAACUAAUACGACAAUCACAAAUUAGUAAAAAGCAGUCCGAGCAUUUUUUAUCCUUUAUUCAGUCUAUAUUACCAUGUCCGAAUCAAAUGCCAAAAAAUAUGAAUUCACUUUUAAAACGACUUGAUGUGACCAAUUAUUUUAAGAAAAGAACAAUUUGCAUUCUUUGCGAAAAAGAACUGGAGAAAAAACAAAAUUUAUGUAAUCACUGUGUUAAAACAGAAAAAAAAUAUAAUGCUCAUAUUCUUGAUACAGUAGUGUCAAACUUGAAACUUGAAUUCAACUGA